AUGUGGCCAAGCAUUUCUCCGCGUGCCGGGACCGCGUCGGCAGCGGCAGAGGAUGACGCCCAGGCGUCGCCGCGCUCUCCGCUGGCGACGCCGCUCUCCGAGGAGGCGCCAGCGGCGGAGCUCGGCCGCCUCGCCGAGCCCCCGAGCGAGGGCACACGCCGCCUCGAGGUGCUAACCAUCGUGACGGCAGCCACCGCAGCAGGUGUACUGGUUCCGAACAUAUCCAUCGUGUUCAGCGUGACUGGCGGUUUGUGUGGCGGCGCUCUGACAUUUGUGUUUCCGGGACUAUUUUUUGCUCGGGUGCAGUCGCGCAGCCGAGACCAGCCAGGUGCCGUCUGGAAGCGGUUGUUGGGCCACGCCGUCUUCUGGUUUGGUAUCGUCGUUAGCUUGGGCACCACUGGGAUCACAGUCUUGCAGCUCUGA